AUGUUCUCUGAAGCCAGGCCCCACCACGCCAAGCUCAGUCAGUGUCACCGCAAUCCGAAAAUCGCUAUAGCACCGUCCUCUCACCACCAGGCAAAGCCAAGUGAGGAGCAAAGAAUCGUAAACAAAAGCACACUUGUUCUGGCCAUGCAGCAGUCAAUUCGUCGUGGAGGCCGUCGAAUGGCUAUCGAGCCUGACCUUGUCGAAAGCGUAUGCGACGAGUCCCCGCCCUGCAGAUCCCACUGCAGCCCCAAUGUUGGGCGGCUCAAAAAGAUCACCCCAGGCAAUCAGUUCGAGAAGUUUUUCACGAAUCCUCCAAGACCCUGCAUGUCCUUUCCACCUGCGGUCAGGCAUUCCGAUUACCUGCGUGUGUGGAGCUGCUCGAUCGACCGUCUCGUAUACGUCCAUCUACCCCACCAUCCUCCACCCUCUAUCUCAACCUCGCUCUCGAAUCCGGGUGACCAAGAAGGUAAAUUGCUUCGUGCUUUGGGGACUUGGGAAGAGGGUGAGGGCGAGGGCGAGGAGGGCUUUAUAUAUUGCACCAGAGCUUGCGCACAGACGCCAUCACAUGGUCUGACUAGGGCGACGGCAAGGUGA